GACGUUCGGAAAUUUCGCAACGAGGGGACGCAUCUCUUCGCUACAUAUUAUCUCAGUGUUAUCAGAAGCGGUAGCUCUCUGGUUAACGUGUAACCUCAGAGGUGACUUUAUAAAGCCUUUUCUUCCUUAUCCAGCAGCAUCCCCCCCGGGAGGAGAACCGAGUUGAUCUGUGGUCCGAGYGGAUAACGGGAUGACGAAAUAUCAGUCGGGGAAUAUAAUUUAAGAGCGUGAGGUAACGUUGGGAAUUCAGCUUUGACGGAUUAAAAGAAGCCAAGCGUUCUUCUCUAUGGAGCAAGAAGAAGAAGCCCUGGCUGCGGAUGACGCAGGCCCACGGCUGAUGCUCAGGGUCGAGCGUCCAGUUUAYGAUGAAACCUUCAUCAGGACGCAGCUCCUACAUCAUAAAGAAAAGUCCAACGCCUUCUGUCAGAAACUAACUGACAAGUUUAAGUGUUCGUCAGCGAGGGCCAAAGCAGUACUUUUCAGUUUUCUGCCAAUUCUAACAUGGCUGCCAUCCUAUCCUGUCAAGAAGUACCUUCUGUCAGAUGUGAUCUCRGGUCUAAGCACGGGAGUUGUGCAGCUCCCACAAGGUCUUGCCUACGCCCUGCUGGCUGCUGUGCCUCCAGUUUAUGGUCUCUACUCCUCGUUUUACCCUGUUCUGCUCUAUACCUUUUUCGGCACAUCCAGACAUGUAUCAAUGGGCACCUUUGCAGUAAUCAGUCUGAUGAUUGGGGGUGUUGCUGUGAGGGAGUUCCCAGAACCAACAAAGUCGUUGCUUUUUCAAGACUCAGCCAAUGCCUCAAACGUCUCCAUGGCCUGUAAUCUUGAUGACAAAAGGGUCCAAGUGGCUGCAGUACUCACUACAUUAGUGGGAAUAAUUCAGAUUGUCUUUGGCCUUCUCAGGUUUGGCUUUGUGUCAAUCUACCUCACAGAGCCUCUGGUGCGAGGCUUUACUACAGCAGCAGCCUUACAUGUUGUCAUCUCCCAGCUCAAAUACUUACUAGGGGUGAAAACGGAGCGUUUCUCUGGGCCCCUCUCUGCCAUUUAUUCUCUCAUAGCAGUAUUUAGUCAAAUCACCAGCACCAAUAUUACUUGUCUCCUAUUGGGCCUCGCAUGUCUUGUAUUCCUGUAUGGGAUUAAAGUUCUCAACGAGCGCUUUAAGAAGAGGCUGCCUGUACCCAUUCCUGGAGAAAUUAUUGUGGUUAUCGUGUCAACUGGAGUCUCAUUUGGUUUAUCCAUGAAAGAUAAUUACAAGGUGGAAAUAGUUGGGAGCAUACCAACAGGGCUUUGCCCUCCCACUGUCCCAGAUUUUUCUCUGAUUUCCAAUUUGAUCCCAGAUGCUUUUGCUGUAGCCAUUGUAGGAUUCUCAAUGAGCAUCUCACUAGCAAAGAUCUUUGCCCUGAAACAUGGCUACAGUGUGGAUGGCAACCAGGAGUUGAUCGCUCUCGGCCUCUGCAACUUCAUAGGCUCAUUUUUCCAAACCUUUGCCAUCACUUCAUCCAUGUCCAGGAGCCUUGUUCAGGAGAGCACUGGAGGAAAAACCCAGAUUGCAGGGCUGCUGUCAUCACUUGUGGUGCUGGUGGUGGUGGUGGCCAUUGGUUAUGUCUUCCAGCCACUCCCUCAGACUGCACUUGCAGCCAUCAUCAUGGUCAACCUGGUUGGGAUGUUCAAACAAUUUCGAGAUCUUCCCAUGUUGUGGAGGACCAGCAAGAUUGAACUGACCAUUUGGUUGGUGUCCUAUAUAGCAUCUGUAUUAUUGGGUCUGGACUAUGGCCUCUUAGUAGCUCUAGCAUUUGCUAUAAUAACAGUCAUCUACAGGACACAGAGCCCCAGAAGUUCAAUCCUGGGCCAUGUCUCCAACACAGAACUGUAUUAUGAUGUGAACCAAUAUGAGGAGGCUUCUGAGUACGAGGGGAUUAAGAUUUUCCACUUCAGCUCCUCCAUCUACUUUGCUAACAGUGACCUUUAUGUGAGCAAACUGAAGGAGAAGACAGGAGUGAACCCGGAACAGUUGCUGAAGAAAGUCCAAAAGAAGCAGAAGAAAAAGGAGCAGAAUGCUCCACUGAAGAUCUGUGCUAAGAUUAAAGACAAGACGGUUAGCCAUGAGGUUGUCCCUACAAGUCAGGAGGUGCAGGAACAGAGGAACGGAGAGUUGGAAGACAAACACCAGCCAACCUCUGAGGAGGAAAUCUUCCUGGAGCUUCUCAGUCCUGUUCACUCCAUCAUCCUGGACUGGACGUCUGCCAGCUUUAUCGACUCUGUGGGAGCCAAAGCCAUCAAACAGGUCAUUAAAGCCUAUGCUGCAGUGGACAUUCAGGUGGUCAUAGCUGGCUGCAAUAGAAAUCUUCUGGAUGAGCUGGACAGGUUAGAGUUUUUCUCAGACAACGUGAGCACCAGUAUGUUUUUCCCAACGCUUCAUGAUGCCGUUCUGCACUGCCAGCACUCUCACCGCAGCCCACCUGCUGCUGAGGAAGAAGCCUGACCACAGGAGGGGUCACCACCUGACUGAAGAACCGUGAACUAGUGUUUUGAAGCUUUACAGCUGUGAGGAAUUGAACAGUCGUUCAUUUUGAACGGUUCUGUUUUAGUACAGCUAGAUGCUAUUUUUCUUUUUGUACUACAAAGAGUUUAGACAGCCAUCUCAAAAUGCUCUAAACCACAAAGUUAGUGUUUCUUUUAAACUCUGCCUUUUCCUGAGUCCACUGCGUCCUCUUAGCAGUCCACAGGAAGACUGGAGUACAAGCUGCACUUUUCUUGCACUUCUGGAGAUAUUAUCUCAAACUAGCUGCUGCAGCUUUUGUCCAAAAGACAAAUAGGAAUAGUUGGUAGUAUCACUGUUGAUACUGAACAUCUCAUCAUGCUGGUACUUAAUGUUUGUGGUUACUGACAUAUUGUGAAUGUAUUUUGUGUGGAACUGGUUAAAUAUUAUUGUGUAUUUAAGUCAAAGAGGAUCAAACUGUCAUCUGUCACACUGCUGUUUGAAAGCAAUGGGAUUUUUUUCAUGCAAUCUAAAGUUUAAAGAAGAGAAUUCAGUUUGGAAUAAACUUUAUUUUUACGUGAA